AUGAUCAGCCCUGACCCGCCUCUCUUUCUUUUACUUAGAACUCAUUGUUCUUUCUGUCUUUCUUUUUUCGUUGCCCACGUUUUCAUUUUCCUUCUUUUCUUUUUGUUGAUUUUUUUUGUCUUCUCUAAUUCUCUAUUUGUUUUCUUUCGCAACUGUUUUCUUUCUUUCUUUCAUCCAAACUGUAAACAUCUCUUUCUUCCUCAUUCUUUUCUUUUUUCUACAUUUUUUGCCUCUUUUAAUCUAUUUUCUUUCUCCUCUCUUUCUAUUUCUUUCUCCCUUUCAAAAUGUAUACAUUCCUUUUUUACAUUUAUUCUUCGCUCGAUUUUUUUCUUCUCUUGGGAAAUAUACACGUUCCUUCUUUUUAUAUUUAUUUCUUCCUAUCUUUUUCAUACUUUCUGUUUUCUGUCUUAUUUCUUUCUCCCUUUGAACAUAUACAUUUUCCUACGUUUUAUCUUUCUUUUCUUUCGUUUCUUUCUUUCUUUUUUCUUUUCCUUUUCCUCUUUCAAAAUAUACACUUUCCUUCUUUUAUAUAUUUCUUUCGUCUCUCUUCAAUUUUUAUUUCUUCUUUCUUUAGAUCUUUCAAGAUAUACAUAUUCUUUCUUUCUUUCUUUCUUUUUUCAACAAUCAGGUCUUCUUUAUUUUCUUUUUUUUAUUUUUCCUUGCUGUCACUCUCCAAAUAUCAAUAUUUAUGUCUCUCUUUCUCUUUUAAUUCUUGAAUGGAUCGGUUAUUUUUCAUUCUGA